GCGCUGCACCGUACACCGCCACCGCCGCCGCCGCCGCCGCUCGCCUUUCUCUCGCAGCCACACCCUCCCAUCUCCAUCUCGCACGCGUGCAGCUGUGCGGGACUGACUGUGCGUGCGUCUCCCUGUCGGGCACCCGCAGCAUCAGCAACACAAAAGGGUCGGAGCUGCCGGAGCGGGGCUUUACCUCAGCGCCGAUCACGAGGAGGAAUCGCGCUCAAGGAAAAAGAGAGAAAGCGACAGGGCAAAUUCCAGCCCUUCAGACGACUCUUUGGGAAGAAGAAGAAGAGGGAGGCGAAGGGGGGCUUUGAUGGAGCAGAGCUAAAGGCGAGUUUCUCGACUGGGGAAGUGUGCAACGGAGUUGUGUCUGAGGAUGAGGAGUCCAAUCAAAAUCUGAGGGAGCUGAAUCCCAUCGGAUCUCGAGCCCUCUCACACGACAGCAUCUUCAUCCCAGAGGAGCCGGCGGCAGAGCCCGGCCUAGAUCACAGCAUGUCCCAGGAAAACGUCUCGGAUAAAGUCAGGAAUCUGCAGAGGCAGAUAGCACAAGGUAUCAAGUUUGGCCAGAGGCCUCCUUCUCUGAGGAAAAGUGAAGGAGAUGAGGGGAGUUCAGAUGAGGAAGAGGUUCCCCGGAGUCCCCUGAAGGUUUUGGCCCAGGUAGAAGCUGAGCCAGCAAACACAGAGCCAAAGCAGGUCCAGGGGGCUCAACAAGCUGGACCACACACCACCCCAGUGAAGUCACCGAGGUCCAAACGAGUUCUUCCGCCCACUGGUACGAUCGAGUCCAUCAAUCUGGACGCUGUUCCACAGUCUGUUCCUCGUUUGGACAACACCGCUGCCAAGCAUAAACUGUCCGUCAAACCGAAAAACCAGAGGAUUUCACGCAAACACCGGCGGUUUACACAGGACCUCCAAGAGGUUUCUAUUCCUGGUGUGGUGCGAGAGGACCUCGAGGCAGCAGGCGUCUCCACAGACGAGCAGCGCAGAGCAUCUGUUGAGUCCCUAGAAAGCUUCAAGAAGCAGAGACUCCAUGAGGAGGAGAGACAGGAGACGAGGAGGAGGAGGGAGCUGGAGGAGCAGAGGCUCAAACAGGAGGAAGAGGAAAGGAGGAAGAGAGCAGCAGAGGAACUGAGGCUGCGUGAACUGGAGGAGGAGAGGUGUCGUAAACGGCAGGAGGAGGAGGAACGAAGGCUUAGAGAGGAGGCAGAAAGAAGGAGGAGGGAGGAAGAGGAAAGGAUGUGGCGAGAGGAGGAAGAGCGCAUCCGAAGGGAGGAGGAAGAAAGGAGGAUGCGAGAGGAGCAGGAGCGCCGACAGCGUGAGGAGGAGGAGAGGAGACGACUGGAAGAGCAGAGAAGGAAAAAGGAGGAGGAGGAAGAAGCGAGGAGGCAGCAGGAGCUUGAGGCCGAAAGGAAGAGGAAGCAGAGAGAGGAAGAAGAGGAAAGGAAGAAGAGGGAGGAAGCAGACAGACUGAGGUUGCAGGAGAUUGAAGAAAAGAAAAAAGCAGAAGCAGAGGAGCAGAGGAGGGCUGAGGAGCUGCGCUGGAGGGAGAUGGAGGAGAGACAGAAGCCUUUCUCUUUCAAAGUUUCAUCUGGGGAAAAACAGAUUUUGUUCCAGAAGGUCAACCUGACGCCUGUUACGCCGGCCUCCAGCCACCAGAGCGGUGCUGUGGCUGAACAAAGAGAGAGCACUAAGGCUUCCUCCUCUGAAGUACCAGACUCCCCCAACCUGCCAACAUCUCCAUAUGUCCCCCACACAGCCAUCCUAGUGACAGGCGCCCAGCUCUGUGGGACAGCUGUCAAUUUAGACCAGAUCAAGGACACCGCCUGCAAGUCUCUGCUGGGUUUGGGAGAGGACAGAAAGGCACAGGGAACACCGCCGACCAAGAGCAAGACUUCCCCGGACCGCAAGUCUGGCAAAACCAAAUCACUCAAUGAGUCCACGCUUUCUACAGACCAAUCCGUCCUGGCAGAAUGGGCGAGCAUCAGAUCGAAGAUAUUCAAGGGGGUAGAAGAGGGGAAAUACGAUGAGUACCCUGACCCGAGUAAGACCCACCCUCAGCCCAGCAGCGAAGAGCCGCCUGCAUUCUCCCACACCAACCUCAGGAAGACCAUGUCUGCCAGCGCCAAGUUCUCCAUCACUCCUGCGAAGAAGAAGUUUGGAGAUUCAAACAGGAACUCUGAGGUGUUCGUCACAGAUGAUAAGGACGCAGGAGAGGAAGUUACUCCGUCCGAUAGCCCCACCGCUGCCUCCCCAGCUCCAACCAGUAAACCUCAGAACAGGACGAGUAAAUCCGUCCGCAUCGUAGAAAGAGGGUCAGAGGAGUGUAUGUUUGCCAAAGACCUCCCCUCUUUCCUGGUUCCCAGCCCUGGAGCCAAACCUGAAGGGCUAGAGGUGAAGAGCAGGGCUCAGAGUGAGACGGCGGUGUCUGACAGUAGAGAGGAGGGAGAGGAUCGAGGCCAGGACGGUGAGGACAAGCCCUCGCCUUUUGGCAUAAAGCUGAGGAGGACCAACUACUCCCUCCGCUUUCACGGCGAACAAUCCACUGAGAAACGGAAGAAGCGAUACAGUGCCGGGGACAGCUUUGACGGCGUUCCUUCACCUCUCACCCCCAUUGAGCCAGACUCUGACACUUCCUCUGUCUUUUCUGACAAAUCCGCAAGUCCCACAUCGCCUCAGAGAGAAGGCGCGGUGGGCAAGUACCUGCAUGCAGCCGCCUCCCCCGCCAUCCCUCGGGCUAAACCUGCUAAGUCUGCCAGCCCGACUGCACACAUUGAGGCUGACAAAGUGCUCUCCAAGCCUCCGCUCUACCGAAGACCAACCACGUCACCCAAACCCAGUGGAGCAGUGUCCACACCUCCCCCAUCGCCGCUACCUAAAGUGGUCCACGGGCCUCCCAGUGAUGCAGGGAUCCAGAGGACAGGGGCAGCAGAGUCAUCCAGCCAGGAGCCAACGAGCAGGUGCGAGGAACCUUCAGCUGUGGCCCAGUUACACCGGAGCAGCCAGGGUCAGGUCCAAGGGGACGAGGAGCCGAAGGAGAAGAGAUCCUUCUUCCCCUCCAUCAACAUCCCCUGGAGAGAGAAGGCGGACAGAAAGACGGAGCUCAUCAAGAGAGAAAAACCCUCACUACAGAGCAGGCACUCCCUGGACAGCGCAAGGGUCCAGGAGAAGGAGGCUGGGCCCUUAUGGAUCACACUGGCUCUGCAGAAGCAGAAGGGCUUCAGGGAGCAGCAGCAGAACCGAGAGGACCGUCGCAGCCAAAGAGAGGCCAAACUAGCUGAAAAGCAAGCUCGAGACAGAGACAGUGUUACGCUGGUGAGCCCCACAGAGAGCAAAGGAAGCGGGAGCACCAGUCCUUCUUCUAAACCUCAGACUCCAGAGGAGCCCAAGAGACCUGACAGCCUCCUGGGACGAUUUGAGCGCCGAGAGCACCUGAAAAAAUCCAACACUUUACCCAGCUCGGUCACUGUUGAGAUCGCAGACUCGACACCGUCGCCACCUGCUGUCAAGGAGGUGUCAAAGCGCUUCCCCUCCAGUGACUCUCCGCAGGUGUCCACAGAGCCGGCAUGGCUGGCUCUGGCCAAGCGAAAGGCCAAAGCCUGGAGCGACUGUCCUCAGAUCAUCAAAUAACCCCUCCCCCACCCAC